CCCUUCUCAAAUUCCACUCUUUUCUUUUCUUUCCCUUCAAAAUUCAAUACAUUGUUCUUGAUUUUCUCCUGAGCUAGAAUUAAUAUUACUUUAAAAAGUCUGUACCAAUAAGAAAAGUUAUGUUUGCAAAGGGAAUAUGACAGUUUAUGCUCUAACAGAGAAAAGAAGAGCUUCCCUUUGGUGGCGGUUUGUUUUGUUGGUUAGAUAGACUUGCAAAACUAGACAAGGCACCUCUGUGUUUUUUGGGUUUUUCUGGUCAUCACGAGAACCCCUCUCAAGUUUGCAGUAUUUCUAGCCAAAUAAUCACCUUGUACUUGGAACCCCAGAGCACUUCUCAAAAUUUCUUCUUAUUGGCAGAGUUGGCUUUAAUGGAGCUGGUGAUUUGAAGUUUAGCCAUAGAGGCCUGAGCUGGGUUCAAGGUGGUGCCUUUAAGCGUUCAAGUUGUUUCUCAAUUUUUGACGUUUUGGGUCAAAAUGGAUAUUGGUUUCAUCGGUUCUGUACUAAUUCUAUCACUCUUCUUCAAGCAUUUUACCUGUCAACUACCCAACACAGAUGAAUUUUAUGUCUCUGAUUUCUUGAAGAAGAUGAGCUCAAACUCUUCUUUAUCCUACAACUUCUCUGAUACUGUUUGUUCAUGGGAAGUGGUGCACUGUGAUACCAAGAAGGAGAAUGUUAUUGGGUUAAAGGCUUCAGGUUUAGGCCUCUCUGGUUUGAUGCCUGAUACCACCAUUGGUAAGCUAACUCAGCUUCAGUCUUUGGAUCUUAGCAAUAACAAAAUCACUGCUUUGCCUUCAGAUUUGUGGAGUUUAGGAUCACUUAAGAGACUUAAUCUCUCCUCUAAUCAGAUUUCUGGGUUUCUCCCUAGCAAUAUUGGCAACUUUGGUCAGCUUGAAGUCAUUGACCUUUCUGGAAAUAAUUUCUCUGGGGAAAUUCCUGCAGCUAUAAGCUCCCUAACUAGUUUACAAGUUCUUAACCUUGCUGGAAACGGAUUUGAAUGGAGCAUUCCAACAGGAAUUUUGAAUUGCCAGUCUUUGGUUUCACUCGAUCUCUCAUUAAAUCGACUGAAUGGUUCCUUGCCAGAUGGUUUCGGUGUAGCUUUUCCCAAGCUCAAAACUUUAAACCUUGCCAGAAAUGAGGUUUAUGGCCAUGUCUCGGAUUUUGCAGAAAUGAAGUCUCUUACCAGCCUUAACAUUUCUGGGAACUUGUUUAAGGGUUCGGUUACAGAUGUCUUUCAAGGGCAGCUGGAGGUGAUUGACCUCAGCAAGAACCAGCUUCAAGGUCACAUUUCUCAGGUACAAUUCGUUUCUACUUACAAGUGGUCUCGUUUGGUUUAUCUAGACUUGUCUGAGAACCAGCUCAGUGGAGAAAUUUUCCUAAACCUGAGUCAGGCUGACAACCUUAGACAUCUUAACCUUGCAUACAAUAGAUUUGCUAGACAGAUAUUUCCCAUAACUGAAACACUUCUGGGUUUAGAGUAUCUUAAUUUGUCUAAAACCAGUCUCAUCGGUCACAUUCCUGGUGAAAUUUUGCAAAUGAGUAACUUACAUGCACUCGAUGUUUCAUCAAACCAUCUUACCGGACGUAUUCCAUCAUUGGCUCAUAAAAGCCUCAAAAUACUUGAUGUUUCACACAACAAUUUGAGUGGAGAAAUUCCGGUUUCUCUCUUAGAAAAACUUGCAGGGAUGGAGAGAUACAACUUCUCUUACAACAACUUAACCCUAUGUGAUUCAGGGAUCUCCCCUGAGACCCUGGAAACAGCCUUUUAUGGCUCAUUAAACAACUGUCCCAUUGCUGCAAAUCCGGUCUUUUUCAAAACAAGAGCCAAUAGACACAGAGGGUAUACGCUUGCCUUGGCUUUAACCUUCUCCAUGGUGUGCUUGCUUGCUGGCUUGCUGUUCCUAGCCUUUGGCUGCCGAAGGAAGUCCAGGACAUGGGUAGUUAAGCAACCCUUAUAUAAAGAGGAACAUAAUAUUUCAGGUCCCUUUUCCUUCCAAACUGAUUCGACCACUUGGGUUGCCGAUGUUAAGCAGGCAACAUUAGUCCCUGUAGUGAUUUUUGAGAAACCACUAUUAAAUAUCUCAUUUGCAGACCUCUUGUCUGCAACUUCAAAUUUUGAUCGAGACACUCUACUAGCAGAAGGGAAGUUUGGCCCUGUUUAUAGAGGAUUUCUGCCUGGUGGAAUUCAUGUAGCUGUUAAAGUUUUGGUUCAUGGAUCAAUGUUGACAGAACAAGAAGCUGCAAGAGAGCUCGAGUAUCUUGGUCGAAUCAAACAUCCAAAUCUUGUUCCUUUAACAGGAUAUUGCUUGGCCGGGGAUCAAAGGAUUGCUAUUUAUGAUUACAUGGAAAAUGGGAACUUGCAGAAUUUGUUACACGAUUUGCCACUUGGUGUUCAAACAACUGAGGACUGGAGCACUGAUACCUGGGAAGACGGCAACAACGGGAUACAAAAUGUUGGCUCCGAAGAGUUGUUGACAACGUGGGCAUUUCGACACAAAAUAGCCCUUGGCACUGCAAGAGCACUCACGUUUCUUCAUCAUGGUUGCUCACCUUCGAUAAUCCACAGAGAUGUUAAAGCUAGCAGUGUUUAUCUCGACUUAAAUUUGGAGCCUAGAUUAUCCGACUUUGGAUUGGCCAAAAUAUUUGGAACUGGUCUAGAGGAUGAAAUUGCCCGUGGAACACCAGGAUAUGUACCACCGGAAUUUUCUCAGCCCGAAUGUGAUGCCCCUACACCAAAAUCUGAUGUAUAUUGCUUUGGUGUUGUUUUGUUUGAGUUAAUUACAGGGAAAAAGGCAAUUGGAGAUAAUUAUCCAGAGCAAGAAGCAAAUUUAGUGAGUUGGGUUAGAGGAUUGGUGAGAAUGAAUCAAGGAUCAAGAGCUAUUGAUCCUAAAAUCCGAGAUACAAGUCCGGAUUACCAAAUGGAGGAGGCCCUCAAGAUCGGAUAUCUGUGCACUGCUGAUCAUCCCACCAAGCGACCGAGCAUGCAACAGAUUGUUGGCCUGCUCAAGGAUAUUGAACCAAGAACUCCUCAAUGAGAAACAAUGACUAUAACUUGCUCUUUUUUUUUUCGUUUGUUUGCUUUUUUUCCUUCUAAAUUUGUUUGUUUUUCUACCAUGAUGAGAGUUUUACCUUGUGCCACCAUAGAAGAGAAUGUAAUGCUUCUUAAGUUAUGUCUUGUACGUCGAUAUCUAUAAAUUUAUCAACACUAGAUCAAUCCUUAGAAGUUUGAAGAUUGAACCCA